AAGACGGUGACACGUGUCACUUCCGGCAAUCGGGUACUCGUGUUUAUCAGAACGCCUUCGUAACACAAAUUGUAAAAUUGUCAACAAGGGAAGACCGCGAACGUGGUGGCUGGAAACUGAGCAAAUAACUGCACACAUCACCGACACAAACAUCCAGUCAAUAUGGACAUAGAUGGUCUGAGAUCCACCCUCAACAAGCACGGACAGGGGCACCUGCUCAAGUUCUGGGACGGGCUGAGUUCCGAGGACAAGGAGCACUUCUACAAGGAGCUCACCAGUAUCGACUAUGAGGAGGUCACCACCUUCUACAAGAAUGCACAGGAGUUCCUGAACUCUGCUGCCCAGAAGAUAGAUGACCAUCUUCAGCCCCUGUCCUCAGAGGUCUGUGGCAGUUCCUCCAAGACUGACCCAGAAACACUUCUCAGUUAUGAGAAAAAAGGUCUGACUGCAGUGAGUGAGAACAAGGUGGCAGUGUUGCUGCUUGCUGGAGGCCAAGGGACCAGACUGGGGGUACCCUACCCCAAGGGCAUGUACAAUGUGGGGCUGCCCUCCAAGAAGACCCUUUAUCAAAUUCAGGCUGAGCGUAUUUUGAGUGUUCAGAACCUAGGCAAGAAACAGUCAGGCAAUUCAGGAGUUAUACCAUGGUACAUUAUGACCAGUGAACACACAAUGGAGCCCACACGAGAGUUCUUUGCUAAGAACAACUACUUUGGUCUACAGAAGGACGAUGUUGUCCUGUUUGAGCAGAGUUUGCUCCCUUGCUUCAGCUUUGAUGGAGAGAUUAUUUUACAGAGUCCCUCCAAACUUGCCCUUGCUCCAGAUGGUAAUGGAGGCUUGUACCGCGCCCUACGUCGAAGCAAGGUCCUUGAUGACAUGGAGAAGCGUGGCAUUGAGUACAUACAUGUCUACUGUGUAGACAACAUUCUUGUCAAAAUGGCUGACCCCAUCUUCAUGGGGUUCUGCAUCUCAAAGGGAGCUAACUGUGCUGCAAAGGUCGUAGAGAAGGCAUUCCCGACGGAGGCUGUGGGGGUGGUGUGUAAAGUGGAUGGUGUGUACCAGGUGGUGGAGUACAGUGAAAUCACACAGGCCACUGCUGAGAAGAGAAACGAAGAUGGCAAACUGGCCUUUAAUGCUGGCAAUAUCUGCAAUCAUUUCUUCACAAUCGACUUCCUGAAACAUGCAUCUGAUGGCCCCCAGGAGAGUCAACUGAAGCACCACGUGGCAAAGAAGAAGAUCCAGUAUGUGGACAGUGACUGCAAGGUCCAGAAGCCAACCACAUCAAACGGCAUCAAGAUGGAGAAGUUUGUCUUUGAUGUCUUUCAGUUUGCCACUGACAGAAACUUUGCUGUGUGGGAUGUGCUGAGAGAGGAUGAGUUCUCUCCCCUGAAGAACGCUGACAGUGAAGAUGCUAAGGUUAAAGUGAAGGACACUCCUAGCACUUGUCGCCAGGCUCUGAACAACCUCCAUCAACGAUACAUUGUUAAGGCUGGAGGCAAGUUCGUGGACAGCGAAGGAUCUGCCAUUCAAACUCAGACAAGUGGCAUUCAAAAUGGAAACGAGAGUUGCCAAUCAGUCGUGUGUGAGAUCUCACCAUUAGUGUCUUUUGCUGGAGAGGGCUUGGAGGAGCAUGUGUCAGGCAAGGUGUUAGUGUCUCCAGUUACCCUUGAAGUAACACCAGAAAAUGGCAAACCUCUGCUGCAACAGGGAUCUGCAAAAUAAUGCUGACUACUUCUUAGACCAACCUUACCACCAGCUGAACGCCUGUGUGGUUGAAGUAACAACAGCUUUCAUUAUGUAUGCCUUGACAACAUAUUUUAUGUAUGACAUCAAUACCUUGAUGACAUAACCCUAUGUGCCAUUAUGAAAUCAUUAAUAGUUGCCUGGCAAUAAGUACUUUGUGUGUUGUGAUAUGACCAGUUGUCAUGGUAACAGGCAUUAUGACCCUUUGUCACGGUAAAUCCAUCGUGUUUGACAACAGCUGCCUUACUGACCGCCAUAAAGCACAACACAAUGGGAACAAAUCAUCAGAAACAUCUUCACGCUUGGCGGUGUUGGCGUCACUCCCAUCAGCAUGACGUGUAGAUCAUGGCAGCUCGACUCAUUGUCAUCAUCAUCAUCAUCAUCGGCAUCGUUGCUUGGCUUUGUUGUACACCAUAUACUCAAGAGGAACUUAUUUAUAGAUUUUAUUGUCAUAUAUCUCUAUACCAUUGCCACAUUGUUACCACCACACCUCAAAUGCAGCUUAGUCCAUAUUGACUCACAAAGGGCUUGCCAGAAAUUGGAAUCUAAAAAUAUAUUGUUUGUACAAAA